AUGGAGAAAGAAACCCAAACUGAAAAGGUUGAACCAAUUAUACCAUCACCACCACCCCUACCCGAACACCGGGAUGUUUUCAGGAAUACUACAAAUUCAAAAAAGAAGAAGAAGAAAAGGAGUUUGUUAAAGAUGAUCAAAGUUGCAAUUUUCAUGUUAAGGCAGACGUCAACUACUUCAAAAGAGACUAGUUUAUGGAAAAGAAUUGUGAGCGCAGUGAAGUCAUUUCACAAUGAUCAACUGCAUUUUGAUGAAAGUCGCGACUACCAUCCUCGUUUUUCAAUAAAGAUGGCAGGAGCGGAUGUUGUUGUCAAGCCUGUAGUGACAUCUGAUUCUUCAUCUUCGAAUUCGCCAAAAUCACCAAGUUGCACGAGCCAAUAUGCUUCCGCCCAGAACUUGCAAGAGCUUGAUAAUAGCGAGCGUGGUGGUGCAGAAUACAGCAGUAAUGAUGAGAUAUAUAUAGAUGAAGAUGGAGACGUUAUGAUUGAUGCUAGAGCUGAGGAAUUCAUCGCACUUUUUUACGAGCAAAUGAGGCUUCAAAGAUCAAAAUCUCUUGAUGAUCAUAGCAUAAGAUUUUCGCUUCAUGAAUUUUGA